AUGCAACACGAAGUCGUCAAAAAAUUUCUCCACUCUGUUAGAAUUGUCUUCGUCCAGAGUGAGAUUUUCUGUUUGGUUAAUUUCAACCACCGAGAGAGUUACUUUCGUUUGUCGAAAGCCAAGUCUUUUUGCACAUUUGUGGCAGCUUUGGUUUACUGUUCAGUGACGUUUUUUGCCCUUUCUGAACUUUUAACAGAUUUGGCAACGUCUAUUUUACUCAAAGUAUCGUCCUUAUUGAUUGGUUUUUGUGCUUCAAUUUAUGUUGGAACGGUUUGGAUUAACACUUCAAUCAAUGGGACAAAAUUUAUUGAGUUCAUAAAUAAAUUAAUCGAAUUUGACGUUAAAUUACAAAAUGUUUCGCUUAUUAUCAAUUAUGAGAACCAACGAACAAGAAGUAGAAUCCACCUGUUCGUAAGAUAUGUCUUUGUGACCAGUUAUUUACUAUUCGAUUAUUUUGUUCAACGAAAUCAGGAAUAUAAAUAUUACCAAAUACUAUCACAUUUGUCGGGAAUUUUUUUCACAGUUUUUAACGUAGCUCAAUGCUAUUUGACCACUGAAUUAGUUUUAAUGCUCCAAACCCGUUUUGUAAUUCUCAAUAAGCAACUAACUAAAAUUACUGUGAAAAAUUUUGCAACUAAAACACAGUCAGCGGUUCUUGGUAAAAUCUGCACUUUGCAUCACCAUUUAUCAAAAUUGGUAACACGUUUCAAUGAGAUUUUCGGUCUCGGAUUAUUGCUAAUGUUCGCUGUUAGUUUUCUGAUAAUCACACAAGUGAUUUUUGUAAUUUGUGUUCUUGUGCAGUCGGAAAAAAUCGUUUGGUUGCAUUUGGUGUACAUUUCUUUCCUUGGCAUUAUUUGUGCAGCUGAUGUUUUCUACAUUUGUCACGUCUGUUAUGCCACAAUUCAAGAGGUGAGGGCUAAAAUUUAUUUUUUUUAUUUGGUGAAAUUUUACAAGGUGUCCAAGUCGGGAGAACUAAUCCAUAAAAUUGAAACAAACGAGCACGAAAUUAUCGAUAAAAUUGAGAUGUUUUCUUUGCAAAUUCUGAACGAAAGGGCGGAGUUUAACGCCGCUGGUUUUUUCCCAAUUGAUUAUACUUUGGUAUUUUCGGUAAGUUUUGGUUAA